AUGGCAGAUCCCAAAUAUUCCCCUCAUCAGAUCGGUGCAUUACCCUUCGAACAGGAGCCAAGGUAUUUUCCAAGCCAGAAUCAACCCCAACAGUCUUAUCAUUCUAGAUUCCGCUAUCAUGCUCAGCCUCCCACUCAAGCCUCUAUCCAAUUAUAUGAUUCUUAUUUCCCAUUGCAACAUGAAGGAGUAUCGAGAAGCGCAACCAAUUUCUCUCAAGCCAUUCCUAUCUCAAAACAACAACAGACGAAUAAUGUCGAUGAAGUCGUUUAUCGAUAUUCAUCAGAAUUCGAUAGGAUAGUAAGACUACCUGGUACGCCGACUGUAGGGAUAUACGCUCAGGAUGGUCUAUGGGACGAAGAGGAUGAUUUGAAUACCAAUACCAAAUCAUCUGCUCCGGGACCUUCCAGGAAAAUUGCGAUAAUUGGCGGUGGAUCGAAAAGUAGGACUGGAACUGUAUACUCCACAACGGGGUCGAAUGAGAAGAGCUGGACGUGGAGACGACCAAGUAUGUCCCAAUUGCAUAACAGCCCAAGCAUGUCGGUGGAGGAACAGGUGCCAGUACCAUUGCCUGUUCCUCCGAAAGGAUUAGAGAAGAAGAAGAGUAAAGGACUACUGAGAGGGAAAGGAAGAAAGGGAGAGCUGUUUGUCAACGUUGCUGCAGAUGCGGAUGAGUCGUUUGAGGCUCCUCCUCCACUGCCCAUACCUGCUACACCAGCAUCAUUCAUAACGGAAUCGUCACCCGCUUCAUUCAGCUCGCCCACCUUCUCUCCUCUCAAUUACUCCUCUUCCACAUUUGACACUCCAGCUACACUUCCCACACCACCUCAGACCUCAACGACAAACUCGAGUACUAACAAGGCUCCCAAAUCCGGUUCGUCCUGGAAAAGAGGUAUGCAAAGGAUAUUCAAAUCGAAAUCAUCCGCGGCAUUACGCGACGCUUCUACGAAAGAGGCUUCACUAUCUCCACCACCGAUGCCAAAAAUACCUAAUCUGCCUGGACCUUCCAGUCAUGCUUUGGGAAAACCAUUCUCGUCCUCAACCCCUCCACCAGGUGAAUCAAGGAGGUACAACAAUCUGCCCGCACCGGGAUACCUUUCGACUCCACCUUCAGCAACGACCGAAUCCUUUGUUCCUCCAUUACUCCCUAAUUUUCCUGAUGACCCCUUUGCGUCGAGUCUAGAUCUCACUUGCAACAAUCCAAUCUCUUCGCCUCUCGCUUCGCCCAAACCUCGUCCGACUCUACGACACAACUCACCAAGUUUGAGAGAUCUGAAAAACCUGUUACCAAACCCCACCAAACCUGCUAUAUUGAAAGCGAAGAGUUUCGCUACUCUACACCGUCGCGAGGAUUCGAGGAGUAUACAAAAAGAACAAGAUCGUCCUGGCCAGGCCCAGUCCUCGAAAUUAUCCAAACGGAUGAGUUCCUUAGUCGGAUUGAACAUUUUCGCGCAAGCUGCACAGGACAACUCCGAUAAGUUGGAACCAUUGGAACAUCCACCUACUCAAGCUUCUUUAGCUGCACCAAUCGAAAGUCCCCCACUCCUCCCUCCUCAUCCACCUUAUUUCGAAGGUGCUUCCAGAUCACCAUCUUUACCCUCCAUCACGACUGAUUCGUCCUCCACCCCUGAAGAGAGUCCUAGGAUCAGUAUGCCACCCAGCGCGCCGUUACCUCCCGUGCCAGCAUCCACUUCCAGCACCAACCUGGCUGCCCCCUUACAGCGAAGUGGAUCAGGUGCCGUACUUUUGCCCAGAUCAAGAUCGACCAGUAUGAGUUUCAAAUCACCUCCUACAAGUUCAUCUUUCUUCGAUUUAUAUGAGCAGCUGGGAAUAUGGCCAAGUGCGGAAAAGGAGAAAAAAGAGAUAUAUGAUGAGCCUCAGGAGAUGGACACGGCUACGGAGACAGAAAUAGAGAAGGAACAGGCAAAGGCCUUGGAAGAGGACAAAGAGAACAUCACACCUCCAGCAGUGGAGUUGCGGGUCGAAGAGGAGUCAAAUCGCUCGAUGGAUGUCGCAGAGGUGCAGGAACCUCUCCUUCAGGUGAACAUGCCUAGGUCUGAUACUAUCAGUUCAACGGCAAGCUGGAACGUCGCUCUCAACUCUUUCCCAGAGGCUCCCGGUGGCGAUGUUCUGGAUUUUGGACUGCCGUAUGUCGCCGACGAGGAAACUAUUGAACCGGUAUCACACUCCACACAGCAUGUCCAUGAUCGAUCGGAUGUCUUGAGCAUAGUAGCUGUCGCCGCUUCCUCUCGAAACAGCUCUCAUCAAACUACAGUCAACAACUCGAUGUCCACCGAUAGACGAGAUUCAGGAUCCACUGUCACACGCGCCACUUCGGUAGGAAUGGAAUACCUCAAUUCGUCUUUCUCUUCCAAAGGUCGAGGGAGGGCUUCCGGAAGUGGAAGUUCGUCUAGAGAUAGUAGUCCAGAGCGAGAGAGGGAUAAUUUGACUGAUCGUGAGGAGAGCGAAGCAUCUUCGUCUGAAGAUGAUGAUGUUCCAUUAUCAAAAUUACACCCUGAAGCUGCUGCUGCUCAAGUCCAACGACGUGAGACUCGAAGAAAGACCCGCGAAGCUAGAAAGGCCCGGCAAGCCAAGAUGGUCGAAAGGCGGAAGAGCGAGAAGACACAAGGGAGGAAUCCGGGCGGUGAACAUAAUUGGGAUGGAGAAGGUGGUAUACCCGCUGAUAUCCUCACGAGGAAGUUGGAAGGAGUAUUGAUGAGAAGGGCGGAGAGAGAAGCUGCCGUUCAACAUGCUGGACCUAGUGUGCCUCAAGGAUUGAAAGCUCAUCGAUCAAUGAGAGAACAUGUCCCACCCCCUACUCUCGAUCAUGUAGUUCGAAGAGCUCAAAGUCAAGGUCACGCCGCUCAUCCUUUACCAACAGGUUGGAAACAUGAUCAUCCACCUGUACCUCCAAUCCAAACUGCCAUCCCUCAAAGAACGCCUCAGACACAUGGAGUAUUCAACCCUGAAAGUGCCAUUUCACCUACCAAUACCUCCUUCGGUAGGAUACCUUCGGCCAAGGGUGUCGAUCCAGCAUUCGUUCAAGCCAUGCGCGGUCAAGUGUACGAACCGACAUCUCAACCAAUGGGAUAUGGUGAUAGAUCGAGGCAGAAUUCAAUAGCUACGAGCGUAUCAUCGAGGAUCCCUGCUGCUCCAGCUGGGACUAGGGCUUCAUCGAGACAAGAUGACUUGUCAGCUCAGGUCACAAGGAGUAAUACGAAUGCCACGCAGUAUUCUAUAGCAUCUUCUAGAUCUAGAGCUCACUCGAACGGUGUCUCACCCUCGACGCAGAAAGAUGAAUCUGCUGCUUUACAUGCUAGGUCAAUCACCGAACCAUUGCCUCAAGCCUCAGCCCAGUCUCAUGCUCAUACACAUCAUACGGUACCUGCACCUGCACCUGCUUCAUUACCCGCGCAGCGGGUACAUGCGACUGUAUCUGCCUUUGUGUCGGCUCUGAAUGGGAAGAAAAUCAUGUUAGAUUUGACGAGUACCACCACCGCAAGGGAAGUCCUGGUGAAUACUUAUCAUAAAGGUGAUUUGGUUGAUGCUGCCGUGGGAAUGAGCUGGGUGUUGUGUGAGAUUUUCGCUGAAAUGGGAUGUGAGAGACAAAUAAGGGAAUAUGAACCUUUAUUACCUAUCGUCAAAGGGUGGGACCAAACUGCCAAAUUCAAUUGUUUCGUAUUUAAGCAGAGUAAUAGAGGGAUGCCAACUUGGGCCAGGGCUGUUCCGACUACUCCACCGAUGUUAGGUCAAUGGGUGCAGUACGAGACUAAGAAAGGGAAAUGGACCAAGAAAUGGUUGGAGACUAGAGGUGGACAGGUCUUCUUAGCUAAGAAUGAAAAGAAUAAAGAUGAAAUUCACAUUAACAGUUUAUUCUUUGAUAUUUACGCUGUUACGAGGGGUUACGAUUCCCCCAAACCAUCAACGUUCAUCAUGAAACGAGUCGAACCUGCAUCAAGCUUCGAGGAUCCAUCGGACUACGCUCAUGUCUUCUCAUGCGAUGAGGGUCUGGCAUUCAAGUUGAUGGCUGCUAUAUACGAUGCUAAGAGCUACGCGAUCUCUCAAACCAAUCCAACGAUGAUAACGAGUCAACUUCCUACUCCCACUCAAACCUCAACCAAUCAUGGGAAAAGGCCCAAUUUCACAAGUCACCAUAGUAACGGACCACCUACACACAGUCAGCACCAACCUUUGGUAAGCUUGGUACCGGAUGAUAAGGAGAAGAAAUCUGCUUUUACAGGAAAAGGAUUACUGAAGAUAUAA